AUGAUGAGAAAGAGUUCCGCUGUUAAUUUCGUUAGCUUAGGGAAGAAAGUUAAUGAAUACAACUCCGGAAGUUCCGAUGGUGAAGGCCCAGACGAUAUCCCUCGAAACCUAAUGAAUCCGAUGAGAACUCAAUCUCAAGAAUUUACAGCCGAAGUUUCAAGUAUGCUUAAUGAGCACAAAAUCCUGUUAAACCCUCCAGACACUCCAAUGCACUGUAUUAGAGUAUCAGAUAAGGAAUAUUCAUUGGAAAAUUUCAGUUGCCCAACUACACCAAUUAAUUCUAUUCGAAUUGAGCCAAUCGAGUGUGUUGUUGUCAAUGUUGCACAUCUUGAACAGUUUCCAAAACCUAGUUCUGAUUUUGCAAAACAAAUUCCUUCAAUUUUCGCUUGGCAAAAUACAAACAAUUCUUUCUCUUCCGAAUAUCCUACAACUAUACAAACAUAUUUUAAGAACACUUAUCAUCAAAUUCGACAGAAAAUCAGAUUUUUCUUUUCAAUUGCUCCAAAUGCAGACAGAUUAAACAAUUUAUCGUCCAUCAGAUCAGAAGUUGUUAGCGGAAGAGUUUUAUUCCACUACAUUGGCUAUGGAUUUCCUGUAAUUAAAAAGAAUACAAUUUGGUGCUCUGAUAGACGUUCUACAGAGUUCAAACCUUACAAUAUAUCUGAUUUAUUCCGUAAUCUCAUGCCUCCUACCUGGUUUAUCUUCGAUUGUUCCAAUGCCGCCGUUGUUAUUCCUCAAUUUAAAGAAACAUCCGCAGAAUUGGCCGCUCGCGAUAACAACAAGAUCUGGGAGAACUGGGUUUGCAUCUGCGCAACCGAUGUAAACGAGCAGCUGCCAGACGAUCCAAGAUUACCAAAAGAUUUCCUUUCUUCCUGCAUUUUAUCACCUCUUAAGAUGGGCAUUGUCUGUCAUUUAUUACAGCACUACAGGACAAACCUUGUAGGAAACAAUUUCCCCACAGAAAUUCCCUGUGAUCAUUUAAUCCAAGAAAAACCAAAGGAACCCAACCAGUUGAUGCAAGCUCUUACCGCUAUUGCAGAUGCCAUCGCUUCCGAUGGUCUUCCUAAAGAUCUUUACCAUAGAAUUUUCAGAUGUGACAGAUCUUCAGCUGUUAUCUUCAGAUACGUUCUCUUUGCGCAGUAUCUUCUUCGUCCAUACCGUAUCCACCCCGUAACCCAUCCAGCUCUUCCAGAUCUUUCGAUGCAUCCUCUCUGGAAGCAAUGGAGCGUUCUUUUGGACAACGCGAUCUGUUCUGUAUCCAUCCAACGCAUAAACUUUACUUCGGACUUGUUUAAUUCCGUUGCCCAAAGUUUCGCGAUGAUUUUGAAGAACAAACAAUACAAUUUGAUCAGAUCCUACCACUUAACAUUGUUAUUCCACAUGUUCUAUGCUGACGAAGCUAAUUGCCAGAAGCCACUUCUUCUUUUCGCACAAUACGCAGCUUCUCCUGAGAUGAAUCCUGAAAGAUUUUGCAGCGCCAUUGUUUUUCACGCUUUGUUCGUGAAGAUGAUCGAAUGGAAUACUUCUGAUCCUGCAUUCCAUUCGAUCUGCUUCUUAGUUCUCACGCUGCUUUACCACAAACCGGAUUUCGCAACCGAAAUCAGGAAAGACAAAGAUCCUUCUCAAUUUCCGAACAUCAUUUUUGACACUUCAUUGAAUGAGUCGACCAGAACCAUUGUAGCGGCCAUUGUCGCGACAUUGGCUAUCUGCAACGAAGCUCUUCAACAAGUGUGCACAUCCCUCGAGUUCCUUUCCAAAGUUCGUGUAGAACUCGGCCGUGCUUCUCCAUUAUUAGCAACAUGGUUACUUUUAAUUGUCAGGAGAGCUUUUCACUUGUAUUCUCCUGAUCCAACUGUUUACGUGUCAAAUGGUUUACACGUACAAUGUUCCAUUCAUUUGUUCUCUCCUUCUCCUGCAGUGAGAGUUGCUGCUCUUUCUGCUUUGGCCUGUUUCUUGAGACCAUUUGAAUGCAAUGUCAAUGGACAAUUGUUGUUUUUGGCAUUGCCUGUUAUAGCUGAUGCUUCUUAUUUAGUUAGAUUCCAUUUCGUUCUUCUCUUGAAGAAGUUCGUCACUUCGUUUGAGAACUACUCAGAAAGUGUGAUUGUUAACUCAAAUUUCGUUUUCCAGGCAAAUUCUUUCGACCAAACUGUGAAGAGUUGUUUUGGCCAGAAAUACAAUUUGAGUUUAUUCGACAAACCUAAUGGGUUGUUCUUCCAAGCUGUUGACGACAAUGUCCACAUGAAACAGUUCAUCAACCGCGCAUACGCAAUUGCAAUGUCUUUGUUGAACCAAUACGCGGAAGAUCCUCAUCCAAGUGUUUCUAGUUUGGCAACAAGAGUUUUGAAGUAUAUUUUGCGUUCAAGAAAAGAAUACAAUGAUGCAAACAAGAACGAGGAUUUCAGUUCAGGGCCAUCUUCAUUCAAAGGCGAACAUUUCAUUGGCGGAGUGAUGAGUUAUGGUGGCGAAGAUGCUGAAGAAUUCGAAGAAGAACAUUUUUCAUUCGCAAAUAUCGAUCAGAACGAAUCUCUCCAUGAAAUUUGUUUGCACGAUUUAGUUGACAGAAGAGAAUGGCAAGCGCCAACACAACCUGCUAAGCCUGCUCCUUCCAACCAGAAGAAAUCAUUACCACCUGCUUCGAUGGAGACAAUCACGAGGUCAAUGACAUUCACGCAAACAACGGAAGUCAAGUUAUGUGAUGAAGAAAUCACGAAAAUUUGUUUCGACAAGGACAGUUUAGGUGUUUCUUGUUCAACGAAGAAACAAGUUUUCUUCAUCCACGAUCAAAAGAAAUCAUCAAUCACAGUGAAUCGUGGAUAUAUCACAGACUUACAUGUUGUUGAAUGGCGUGGAUAUCCAGAGAUUCUCUUCGCAACAUCAGACAGAUGCAUUCAUCUUUGGACACCUCCUAAUGAAACAUUGAGUUGCACUUUCUGUUGCCAGCCACGUCUCGCGAAGAAGAUUGAUGAAAACAGUGAAGAAGAAUCAUCAGAUGAUGAAGAUUCCUUCAAUGAAAAUGUCUUGAUCGCUGUUGCAAAUGAACCAUUCGUUGUUUACACGACAUGUAAUUCUGUUGUUCACAAAUGGGACAUGAAAUCAUUGAAGAUCAGCUCAGUUGUUGACACAGGAGCACAGACAUGCACAACAUCAAUUAACUGCCAUCCACACAAAUCAAAUCAUUUCGUCAGUGGCUGCGAAAAUGGUGUUGUCAGAGAAAUUGAAGCAACGAAAGAUGGAUCGAAUUUCGACUUAGUUUUGGCACCACAUCCGAAAUUGCCAGUUUUGGGAGUCCAAUAUUGGAAUGACAUGAUCACUAAAAAUACAAAAUUCUUCGUUGCUUCUGCAGGAGGAUUCGUUGACAUGUGGGAUGAUUCUGUACAAGAGAAGUUGAUUAAUCCUGUCUGGAAGAAGGAUGAAAAACUGUUUUCUUUCGCAGCGCAUCCUUUGUAUCCUUUGUUGAUCAUGAGUCCGGAAGAUAAGUCUCCUUUCAUUAUUGACCACUCUGGAAACGUUUUGGCUAAUUUCACAAAGGUUACUGGAAAGACUGUUUGCGCUUUCCAUCUUUUGUUGCCUCUUUUCGGAUUGGGAACACAAAAUGGAACUAUCUAUGUUUACCAAAUGUCUCCAUAA